AACAGUGCUGGGGAUCUAAGGAGAGAACGAAGAGCGAGAGCAAAUACUGGGAUUUAUUGGAUUUAUUUUAGAGAUUCAAAACAAGACGUCCGCCCGAAAAAAAACCCAGAACGCGGGAGGGGGCACUGGUCGAUGUUAUCGUGCCCUCAAGCGAGUCGGCCGAAAAAAAGAGAUCCCUUUAAGGGGUCAACGCGGUCCAGUUCGUCUUUGAGUGUGAAAUCAAGAUUUAUGAAAAUCUGUCCGUGUUGACUUUGGCUCCAUAUUUGAGGGUCCAGCCAGUGCGUGUGGUGAGAGUCAAUGACUGAAUGAAUGACUGGAUGGGUGUGUGGUAGUGACUAAAAGAUCCACCCGUCCUAUUCUCACGGUGCCAGACCAACCCAAUCGCGACUUCUCAGCCAAGGACAUUUUUGCCAUAUCUCAUAGUCAGGACAAAGAGCUUUUUGGGGGGCCGAAGAGAAGAGUCAAGAAUGAAAAGACCGGUACACUGCAAUCUUGAGCGGCCUUCGUCUUCUUCGUCUUUUCCCACUUUUCUUUCGAGGCUCAUAGUGCAGUCCUAGAUAGCUGUCAAGGGGACAGAAGUGCUGGGAAAUAUUCUGGUCUUUAUUUACAUUUUGGGCAGAAUCUUUUCGUUCUUUGCACAAGCCGUGUAGUAGUACAAAGUACGUGAAGUCGCACACUUGCUCUCUGAAAUUGAGUUAAGAUUCUCGUCUCUGAUAUAAAACGACGUGUUGUUGGCAAAAGGGAACAAGAACUGUCGCUCCAGAGUGAAAAACCACCAGUGCUUUAUACAACUCAUGUAAGAGCCGUCAGACCAAUUCCGUGCGUGUUACGAUGCGUUCCAUCCUAACUGGACAUGUGAAAUGAGAUUCAGAUUCGAUUGGCAGCUCCUAGACAGCUCUUUGAUCGGCUGAAACUGAUACACGAGAACAAUGAAAGGUCUUCACCUGAUCCCGUUGACCCUAGCCUUGACCUUGGUGGAAGCCAAUGCCAAUCGACAUCAUUCGUGGUCUGGUCGUCACAAGGCUCGCCAUGGACUUGUGUUCCACUUUGGACACCACGAUGGACAUCACGGAUCCAUGAUCUCCUCGUACAGGCGACGAGGUGAUGACAGUCCUCUUCAAAUUAUGCCAGAGAGACAUCUUAGGAGUACCAGUGCUUUCAUCAAGCCGGAUGAAUGUCAGCCACGAGAUGAAUUUGCGGCCAACAACAAAGGCCGGACUUGUCAAAGGAAAUGUGACACCGAUAACGAUUGUCUGAAUGACAGGAAGCUCUGCUUGUGUGAUGGAGUGUGCGGAUUAUCCUGCAUCAGACCCGAGAAAGAAUGUCAGGAGUUGCCGGAUCCGCCCCAUGGACAAGUUCACCUCACUGGAAGGCAUUUCAACGAUCGGGCCGUGUACACGUGUGACGACGGGUAUCAAAUCGUGGGCCUGGAGCAAGUGAUCUGUAAUUCCGAUGGGCAAUGGUCGGGUGCCCAACCCUCUUGCAAACAGGCCUCGACCAACGCUCAAUCACGCUAUUAUUGUGGCGAGCCCAAACACAUUCCCAAUGCCAAGCACAAUGGAUCCAAAGAACAGUUGUUUUAUGACCUGGACACCGAGCUGACCUACUCUUGUCUUACCGGCUAUCAACGCAAAGGCUUUCAAGAGGCGCAAUGCUUCUUUUACAAUGAUACCGCCAGAUGGUUUGGACCUGACCUGGAAUGCCACCCCAUUGAUUGUGGACCUCCAGAAUUGAUCUUGAAUGGAGAGCGCAAGGGUGACUGCACAACCUACAGAUGUCAGAUCACUUAUGAGUGCGUCCCUGGAUUCGAGUUGGUUGGAAAAGAUACCCGAUAUUGUCAGGGUGAUGGAACAUGGACCCCGAGCGAGCUUCCCACUUGUGUGCCCGUUCAAUGCGCUGUUCCAGACAGUCCCGUCAAUGGGAAGGCCAUGUUUACGGCAGUAGCCUACAAGAGCGUGGUCUCAUACGAAUGCAAAUACGGCUUCAUGAUCGUGGGCGACGCCACAAGAACUUGCGGAGAGGAUAAACUUUGGAGUGGUGUGGAACCACAAUGCAAGGAAAUCAAUUGCGGAUCCCCCGGUUUUUUACCUAAUGGUUGGCUCGAAGGAUCUCGAACCACCCUUCAUGCCGUGAUAACGUUCCGAUGCAGCGAAGGGAUGACCUUCAACGGCUCGAGCUUUCGAACAACAUGCCAGGCGGAUGGCAAAUGGUCGCACCCUCUCCCUCAAUGUUAUGCGCCAUGCAUCGUGCCUAACAUUGGAAUGGGUAAUGUGGUCAAUCUCACCAUUGGAGCCAAGAUUCAACAUGGUGAAAAUAUCGUGAUCACAUGCUCACCUAACUACGAGAAUCCUUCAAAUAAGACCCCAAUCGACUGCUACAAUGGAACCUGGAGCCAGAUCCCCAAUUGCGAACCGGCCCGUUGUAAGACGUUGCCCUCGCCGCCAUUGAAUGGCAUGGUUGUGGUACCUUCAACGAGUCACGGUGGAACCGGCUUGUACCAAUGCAAGGAUGGUUAUGUGCUCAAGGGUCCAAACAUCACGAAAUGCAAUUUUGGGAACUGGACGGAGGUGACUCCGAGUUGCGAACUAGUUUAUUGCCCCUUUCCAGGAUAUAUUGAUAAUGGAAAAGUUCUUUUGGUGGGAAACAUGGGUUUGUACGAUUACCGACCCUAUGUUCGCAAGGUGAUGAACAACCGACAGAUCUUGUUUGAAUGUGGAAAAGGCCACAAAUUAGAUGAUGGACCACCUGGUGCCACUUGCGUAGAUGGAAGAUGGAGUCCACCGAAUCUCCCACGGUGUGUGAGCGAGUUCCACCCGAAAAUGGUCGAAUGGAAGCGGAGGAAGAGAGAGGCUUUGGAUCAUUUGGCCAACGACGACCGUGGAUCACUCAUGAAUUUCCACCUUCCAAGACGCAUUAAAAGGGCCAUAAAGAUGGGGGCAAAAUAUGGUGAGAUCGAAGUGAGGACCCAACGACUCAGAUAUCGUCGUGGAUACAAAUCAGCGAACCUCUGUUCGGCUAUUGAAGACGAGAACAUGAACAUUGAAACGAUCAAGAGCGGCCGAGAUUCCGAUUUCCGAGAUGCCAGCCCAAUGUUCAACCCCGGCACCAUUCUCAAACUGAAAUGUUCCAAGGGUUACGAACUGAGUAUCCCGAAGAAGAAGAUCCGUUGCAAGAAGGGCGAAUGGCGACCAGCACAUCCCGAAUGUAUACCUCACAAGUGUCAGCUGCCUCGUUUAUUUGAAGGGGGGAAGUUCAAAUUGGAGAGUGUUAUCCUCCCCAAUGAAGGAGAAAUUGAACAUGGGAAGGAAGUGGAUCUCGAAUGCGACCACGGAUAUUUUCUAAGUGGUCCAGAGCGGCGCAGAUGUUGGUUCGGCGAAUGGACAGGCAGUGCUGAGACACCCAAAUGUGUUGGUAACCCGUGUGAAAUAUUGGAAAUCCCAGGCGGAGGGCGGUAUAUCGGAAAUGGGGGAAACUAUCGACCCGGACAACUCAUUCCCCACAACGCCUUAAUCGAAUUUGAAUGCGACGAGGUCAAAAAUGUGAUACAGCCGCUUCAAUGCAAGCGGGGUAAACUCACGCCCGAACCGCCAGAAUGCUUUGUUGCCGAUAAAGCCCGAGAUAUCCACAAAAAAGCUACACUGGUCGGGGUCAAUGAUUGGUUGUCGUCUUUGGCCAUUUCUGCUAGUUCCCAUCUAGUGAAGAACGGGGACAUCCAAGACGUUUUGGACAAAGCCCACGGGGCGGAUUCACAUACAGGGAUCGCCUCUUCCUUGCCCCAGUUCCUUCGAGCCAAGGCCAGUUGCCCACAGCCAUCACGGACGGAUGGAUCUCUAAUUUAUGCCACAGAUUCCCACGAGCCUCUCUCGAUUUACGCUCGAGAGGUGCUUCAACCUGGAACCGAGAUACAAUUUCCCCAUGGAACCCAAGUGAAAUUCGAUUGUUUGCCCGCCACUUUAUAUGAGAAAGAGGAUCAAGGAAACACCACCAGCAGACCGUCUGCUUCACCCAAUGACCUUUUGCGGAGCUGGAUGAUAGUUUGCGAGGAUGGCCACUGGGUUGGUCAGUCCCAAGGGUGUGAUGAGCAAGGGCGACCUUUGCUCCAAGACGAGGUUGGGGACGAGCGCAGACGUGCUGCCUUCAAUGCAUCAUGCCCUUAUCGGGCGGAUCCCAUUUCUGAGAGCCACCUGGUAGUUUUCCAUAAUGAUAGAGAACUUUUUGCGGAUGAUGGUGAACACCACUUUGAACCCGGGGUUGAGCUACUCUUCCGUUGCGAAGAUAUUGGAAAAUAUAUCCUCGAGGGUUCUCAAAGGCGUCGUUGCAUUGGCGGCGUUUGGGACGGCAUUCCGGCAGUUUGUCGUGGCUUGAAUCAACUCCAUGAUUAUGCCCCAGAGAUCGAACCCACCAUCCUGCUUCGCCAUAAAAACGGCAAGAUCGCCCAAAGUAACGACGGAAAGCUGGUCGUCACUCCUGGAACCAUUGUGCACAUGGAGUGUCUUUGGGUGCGCAGAAACGGGAGCCCCUCUUGGAACAUUGAUAACUACUCGGGAAGAACAUAUCCGCAGGGUUGGACGCAGGCGCCGGGAAGGAAUGCCCAACUGGAGUAUAGAUUGUCCAUUUAUCAUGCCCGAGUAAACGACACGGGGACGUACACGUGCACCACACCGGAAGGCCUUGGUCACUCAAUCAUUGUGGAUGUCAAAGAGGUAACCUGUCCCGAGAUAGUUCCUUCCGAAGGGCUUCGCCUUUCCGACCCGGAGUCCCGGGAUCUCAAUGCUCGCAUUCAUUUCACUUGCUCCAACAACAAUGACCUCAUUGGCAAAUCGCCCCUCACUUGUCUCCCAUCGGGUCGAUGGGAUCUACCCGUACCCGCUUGUAUGGACGUCAUUUGUCCGGAAAGUAUCAUUAAGCACGCUCCACCCAGUCUCCAGGUUCACGUGGAAAGUUUUGGCGUCGGCGGGAAAGUUAGCUUCAGUUGCGGCAACGGAUACAAACUAACUGGUCCGCCGUCAGCCCAAUGUUUGCCCACAGGCCAAUGGACCAUUUCAGAGUCCCCUCGAUGCCUCCCAAUAACGUGUCCGGACCCUGUAUCGCCCGAAAAUGGCUUGGCCACCAUAGAUGGUCCGAGCAAGAUUGGCAACAUUGUAACGUAUCAUUGUCAACCAGGAUACAUGAUGCAAGGACGCCCAAUUUCUGCCUGCACUGCCCAAGGGAAAUGGUCCGGACAAAUGCCGUUGUGUGUUCGGGCGUGUGCUUACCCGGGAGCCGUGAUCGGGGGUACCAUUAGUGUUGUGAAGUUCUAUUACCAAGUUGGAGAGACUGUGAGCUUUGAUUGCCACCACGGUUUGAACAUGGUGGGCGCCAAAAGACUGGAAUGUUUGGGAACUGGAAUUUGGAGUGGACCGGUUCCAAUAUGUAGCACCUAAAAAAAACCAUGUUCUUUGUUGUACAGUAUUAUUAGAGUAUAAGCUAAUGAUGAAGAAAACAGAUUUUGAAAAUGAUUGCUGGUGUGAAUCAUAGAAAGUCGCAAGUAAUAAAAUUUUAGUCAUUCAA